CUCGGCUGCCCUCAGGCACUUCAGCUCUACUCAGCGCCCUUCAGACCGCCUCACCCCCACUCACACCCCCUCAGCGCCCCUCGGCCCCCCUCAGACUCUCUUUCACUUCUGUCUUCUUCCCCCAAGCCCGCUCAUCACCCCUAAACCCUCUGAUCUCCCCUGAGCUCCCCUCAUCUUCCCUCAGCCCCCCGCAUCUCCUCUGGUCUCCCCUGAGCCCCCCACCCCUCACAGCCCUCUCAGCGCCCCGCCAGCCGCACUGAGACCCCGCGGACAUGGAUGACGAGCCCGAGAGGACCAAGCGCUGGGAAGGAGGCUACGAAAGGACAUGGGAAAUUCUUAAGGAAGAYGAAUCCGGCUCUUUGAAAGCGACCAUCGAGGACAUUCUCUUCAAGGCGAAGAGGAAAAGACUCUAUGARCACCAUGGACAAGUUCGGCUUGGAAUGAUGCGUCACCUUUAUGUGGUUAUUGAUGGAUCAAGAACCAUGGAGGACCAAGACUUAAAACCRAACAGACUCACUUGCACUCUAAAGUUACUGGAGUAUUUUGUGGAAGAGUAUUUUGACCAGAAUCCUAUUAGUCAGAUUGGCUUAAUUGUAACCAAGAGUAAAAGAGCUGAAAAAAUGACAGAACUCUCAGGAAACUCAAAAAAGCAUGUGACUGCUUUGAAGAAAGCAGUGGAUAUGACCUGCAGUGGAGAGCCUUCUCUAUAUAAUUCCCUGAAUUUGGCCAUGCAGACUUUAAAGCACAUGCCAGGACAUACAAGCAGAGAGGUUUUGGUAGUCCUCAGCAGUCUGACGACAUGUGAUCCAGCCAACAUCUAUGAUCUAAUUAAGUGUUUAAAAGCAGUGAAGAUCAGGGUAUCUGUCAUUGGCUUAAGUGCUGAAGUUCGMGUUUGUACAGUACUUGCCCGAGAAACUGGUGGAACAUACCACGUUAUUUUAGAUGAAACWCAUUAUAAGGAGCUGCUGAUGCACCAUGUUAGUCCUCCACCUGCCAGUUCGAGUUCUGAGUGCUCCCUUAUUCGAAUGGGUUUUCCUCAGCAUACUAUUGCUUCUCUAUCUGAUCAAGAUGCAAAGCCCUCCUUUAGCAUGGCGCAAUUGGAAAAUAACAAUGACCCGGGUCUCACGCUGGGGGGAUAUUUUUGUCCUCAAUGCAGAGCCAAAUACUCUGAGCUUCCUGUGGAAUGCAAAAUCUGUGGUCUUACAUUAGUGUCUGCACCUCACUUGGCUCGGUCUUAUCAUCACUUGUUUCCUUUAGAUGCCUUUCAGGAAGUUCCACUGGAAGAAUACAAAGGGGAACGGUAUUGUCAAGGCUGCCAGGGAGAAAUAAAAGAUCAAAAUGUGUACAUAUGCAAAGUGUGUCAGAACACAUUUUGUGUGGAAUGUGAUCUGUUUAUYCAUGACUCACUGCACUGCUGUCCUGGCUGUAUUCAUGAGCAUCCUGCUCCUGUAUCUGUAUGAUGUCAUAUAUUUUUUAAAAUGUAUCUUUGUCAUUCUUGCAUGAAUUUGUUUAUUCAGCCAUUGUCUUAACUGACACGUCUCUGAAAAAGAAGAUAAUUAGAGGAUUGAAMAAUGGAAUAGGUGCAAACUUUAAUGAUUAAUGAUUUUGUUAUUGUUAAUAUAUUCUUGCAUUAUCUGUAUCUAUUUUCCUUGUUCUUGUCUAAAGAGCUAUGGGUUUUUCCACCUGUUAUUAUAAUAAGGUGUAUAUUUGUAAAUUUGAAAGUGAUAAAACUGGUUUUUAUGAUAAUAUGGUGAUUUGUCUUGGUUUCGUUACUUGUUCAGAAUGAAGCCCUGGAAAUACAYUUUAUACAUCUAUUGUUAGAAACUUUCGGUUUUGGUGGAUGGUGAAUUUCUGCAGAUCAAAAUACUAUCUUGCACGAAUUUAACGACCAUGGUUUUGAGCAAUAAAUUGGUGGACAUUUUGUAUAUUAAUUUCAGGUAUUUUAAGUAUUCACCUUGGCCUUUAGUAAGGAAGUACAGCUGUUAUAACUGUGCUGAAAACACAUUUUAGGUUUUCAUGGUGCUUUAACUCAAAGCUAAUUGAGUUCUAUUAUUGCUGUGCCUGGAACUGUGUGGUUUAAGUUUUUUAACAAUACUUUCUUGUAGGAGGGUGACGUUGCUGAAAGGCAAAACAGACUUGCAAAAGGGCGGGACCUGAGUUAAUACAAACUAUUGUUUCAUGGACUCAGUGUUGAAGAACUGAUCUUUGGUUCUGAGGCUACAUUGAAUUGGCAGAACUGUACAUCAUCUUCUCUCCUUGACUAAACCCCUAGAGCAACAGACAGUGAGGUGGGUGGAGAAGAAGUGUCUGUCCUUACCUGAACUUUGAAGAAUAGAAAUUGAGACAAAUGAAACACCGCCAUUCUGCAGUGUCUGKUCAAAGUUGUUUGGAACUUGAACCAGUGAGAAUUGUCAUGUCCUACCCCUCAGUAAGAGGACGUUACAGGUGCAGUGUCUGAAGCUGGAAAUCACAUUGGGUUUUCUAACAUCACCUUCUGAUGAUUGUAAAUACAUUAGUGACUCGGUUCA